AUGAGUAGCUUUGAAAAGACUCUUCUUGCUGGUUCACAUGUGAUAAGACUGUUGGGAAAAUGAAUGUCUUAAGAGGGCUUUUCACCAAAAGCUGGUCAUCUGAUAUUCAGUUAGAUGGAAAAACUGCUAUAGUGACUGGAGCAAACACUGGGAUUGGGAAAGAAACAGCCAAGGAUCUGGCAAAGCGAGGCGCACGGGUGAUCCUGGCCUGCAGAGACCUGCUGAAGGCAGAACAGGCAGCCAGAGAGAUCAGCAGAGAUGUGGAGAAUGCCAGCGUGGUGGUUCGGAAACUGGACCUGGCCGACACCAAAUCCAUCUGUGAUUUUGCUGAACUGAUUUACAACACUGAAAAGUCUCUUCAUUUGCUGAUUAACAAUGCUGGUGUGGCAAUCUGCCCAUAUUCAACAACAGCAGACGGUUUUGAAACACAGUUUGGAGUCAAUCAUUUAGGACAUUUCUUUCUUACGUUCCUCCUUAUGGAUCUCUUGAAGCAUUCAGCUCCUUCCAGAGUGAUUAAUGUCUCCUCAUUGGCCCAUCCCAUGGGAAAGAUCCACUUUGAGGACCUGAACAGUGAGAAAAGCUAUCAUCCCGUGAAGGCCUACGUACAGAGCAAACUGGCCAACAUACUUUUCACGCGAGAGCUCGCUACAAGAGUGGAAGGCAGUAGUGUGACUGUGUACUCCCUCCAUCCCGGUGUGGUGCAGUCAGAGCUGUUUAGGAACCUCAGCAAGCCUGUGCAGAUAGCAGUCAAGGUCUUUAGCCCCUUCACCAAGACCACCAUUCAGGGGGCCCAGACCACCAUCUACUGUGCUGUGGAGCCCAAGCUGGACAACGAGAGUGGAGGAUAUUACAGCGACUGUGCUGCAGCACUGUGUUCAGGAGAAGCUUUAGAUGAUGAAAUGGCUCAGAAACUCUGGGAACUCAGCUGUCAGAUGCUUGGCAUUACAUGGGACUGAUGGAGCGCUCCUCUCAGUGACACUGUUAUAAGAACGGAAUGAAAGCUUUUGGACUAAUGCCAUAGAUAAUGGAAACUGUAGUAUUCAUACAAUGCAUGACUGAAUUAGCACUAUAUGUUUUAUAUUGUACAUCG